AUGUGGCGUCGACUGCAGCUUCGAAUUGCUGGCACUACUCCCGCGAGACGCUUCCAGGAGGAGACCGACGUGGGAAUUGCCGCCGUGCUGAGCUGCUUUCGGAGCUUGACACUGGACCUGCAGUAUGCUAACAAAGAUCAUGAGGAGCUGUUUGCCCAAGCCGUUGACAUUAUCGGUUCGAAGAACUUUGAGCAGCAAAAGGAGUACGUGCAAGACGAGGUUGCUAAGCAGGUUCAGCAUUCGUUUGAGGCGGUGCUGAAGAUGCCCAAGUACUUAAGGCAAAGUUCACAUCAAAUGUCAUUGUCAGGAUUCAAACGCAAUACUGAAGUGGAGGAAACACUUGGAACAUCUGACUUCUUCCAGGACUUUUUUGGGUUCACGCUCAAAGUCGAGGAGUCAAGCAUACCUCACGCUGGUGAAGGUGUGAAGCUUUGUGGGUCUGCUCCCAUUGGGUCAUUUGUGGCUUUGUAUCCUGGUAUCGUCUUCUUGCCAGAGCAUUACAAGAAGAAACACUAUCUGAGCGAGCUGUCAAAUAAUAUCUACGCACGCGCGCGUUUUGAUGGUGUGAUUAUUGACGGCAAGAAUGAAACAUCACACCCACGUAAUCCGCUUGCUGUAGCACAUAAAAUCAACCAUCCUCCGAAAGGAAUUUCACCCAAUGUGAUUGGCUUUGCGUUCGAAUUCCCUCAAAACGAGCCAUUUACCGAAAAGGAGUUUGAUGAGCUCAUCCCAAACGCUUUCGUGCAAGAACCGUCUCGUCUGUCUAUGUUUGGCAAGCGUACCAUUGUGCAUGGCCUCGCAUUUAUUGCGACAGCGAAUAUUGCUGACGGAGAAGAAAUUCUCCUCAACUACAGGUAUAACCCAGACCGUCCGCUUCCUGACUGGUACACGCCUGUAGAUGUUGAAAGUGAUCGAGCAAUGUGGACGUAA